AUGACCACCAAACCUUAUCAGAUAACUGUCCUUGGCGCUACAGGAUGGACAGCCACAAUAUGUGCAGAACACAUAGCCAAAACAUUCCCAGCUGACGCAAAAUGGUGCAUCGCUGGUCGUUCGGCUGUCAAACUUCAAGCUUUACGCCAAAGUCUGCGGGCGAUUGACCAAGACCGACUGGAGCCGACCAUAUACGUUAUUCCGCAACUCGAUGCACAAGGCCUCGACCCUGUCAUCAAGGAGACCAGUGUUCUCAUCAACGGCAUCGGACCUUAUCACAAAUAUGGGGCUCCGGUGGUAGAGUCUUGUGCCCGGAAUGGCACACAUUAUGUCGACUUUAGUACUGAGACCAUGUGGAUAUCCGAGAUGAUUCGAGACUACCAUGUAGUGGCUCAAGCAUCAGGUGCAAUUAUUAUCCCUGCUAUCUCAGGAUCCAGCGCCCCAUCUGAUCUCAUGGCAUGGCUCGUUGUUCGCCAGAUUCGAGACCAGGGCUUGCCAGCACCGCAUGAAGUCGUCUGUUCAGGAAAGCUCAACAUGCUUGGUAUGCAAGGAGUAAAAGUAGGGCAUGGGCUAUUUGGGCAUCGCUACGAUCGACACCUUGGGCAUCUUGCAAUGUCUUUCGUAGCCUGGGGCAAUGAAUCCGUCGUCCAUCGUUCAGCAGCCUUCGACCAGAAGACAUACGGGCAACACUUCGUAUUUAGAGAGUAUAUACCAUCUACAGGCUUCAUCUCCGCUGUAAUGGCCUACAUACUUACAAAACUGGGCAUCGUCCUCGUAGCUGUUCCGUGGUUCAGGUCGUUCAUCCGCACAAAGUCUUUUGAUCGCGGUACGGGCCCCGACCGAACUGAAAGUCGCAAGGCCGAGAGUGCAGAAUGGAAGGCAGCCGGCUAUGUCAAAGGCACAAAGGACCCAGUGGCAAUUGCCAGGUUCCAUUACGAUGGUGCGCUGGUGGAUAUGGCAGCAAUCCUUGCCGUGGAAGCUGCCGGAGCGAUUAAUGAUAUUCUCAGAACUGAAACAAGUGGCUAUUUGCAGGCCGGUAUUGUGACGCCAUCGACCUUGGGCACACCAUUUGUAAGCCGCCUCCAAGUAGUUGGCUUUGAGGUGGAGGUGCACGGUGAUAAUGGUCACCUACAAAAGCCUGUUAUGAUGUAG